AUGAAUCCAAGGGCAGAAGAUGCGGACGGACGCGGAGCAGAGCCAGACACUGAUGAGAAACUCGGUGAACAGGAACAGGCUCAAAAUGACGAAGCAAGCGCUUUCAUCCAGCAAAUGUUCCUGGGCACUCUGAAUGGAUUGAGCAUAUCCGUUGAGCAGCUUUUCCUCGCUCCAUCAGCACAAACAGAGCAAGAUGUGAAGGCACUGCAGUAUGAGGCAGACGAUGCUGAACAGGACGCUCAGCAGGCGUUGCAGAUGGCUGAGGAGCACCUGAUGGACCUUGCAUGCACAGUCCAGCAGUUCCAAGAGCAGAUUGCACAGGUGCUGCCAGAUGUGUCUCGCAAGCGGGCUCACGACCAGUUGUGA